CCUCCCAUGCAGGUGGAGGAUGAUGAGUCCCUCCCUUCAGUUGGCAAUAACAAUCCAACCACCAUCAUCAUCCCCAAUCCCCAUCCGCGCCACCGAGCAACAAUGCCUCUCCCUCCUCCAUUCCACCUCCUCCCUCCCCAAACUCCUCCAAGCCCUCACCUUUCUGCUCAAAUCCGGCCUCCACUCCAACAUCCUCAUCCUCACACGUUUCGCCGCCGCAGCUUCCUUUCUCGGCCCCUCCGCCACCGCCGCCGCCGCCGCCCUCCUCUUCUCCCCUUCCCAUUCCCCACUCCCCCUCCACGACUCCUUUCUCUUCAACACCGCCCUCCAGUCUCUUUCCCCUUCCCCUCUCCAUCCCCUCCCCAUCUUCUCCCUAAUGCUUCGCCUCCACCUCCCUCCCAAUCACUUCACCUUCCCCUUCCUCCUCAAAGCCAUUGCCUCCCUCCCCUCUCCGCUCCCCGCCGCUUCCCAAGCCCAUGCUUCCGCCCUCCGCUUCGGCCUCGCCGGCGACUCCUUCGUCCACAACACCCUCAUCCACGCCUACGCCGCGGUACGCUGCGUAGCCGCCCUCGAGUCUGCCCGAAAGGUUUUUGACGAAAUGCCUAAACCAUGUCCCGUCACCUUCAGCGCCAUGAUCGGCGGCUACAUCCUCUCUGGUCGCUCAAAUGAAGCCGUGGCGCUCUUUCGCCAGAUGCAGCUGACCAACAUCCCGCCAGAUGAUGUCACCAUCAUGACCGUCCUCUCGGCAUGCGUCGACCUCGGAGCGCUCGACCUCACGCAUUGGAUUAAAUUCUACGUGGAAAGGAUGAAGAUGCCCAAAACCUUAUUUCUCUGCAACGCAUUGGUGGACGCACUUGCCAAGUGCGGGGACGUCGACGGCGCCGUGCAGCUGUUCGACAGAAUGCCCGAGAAGAACAUUGUAUCGUGGACUUCGGUGAUCCACGGACUAGCGAUGCACGGCCGUGGGGUCGAAGCUGUGCGGGCAUUCGAGGCCAUGAAAAACGCCGAUUUUGAGCCGGAUGCUGUUGCAUUUAUCGGCGUGCUCAAAGCUUGCAGCCAUGGCGGCCUGGUCAGUGAUGGCCGUUACUACUUUGAUUCAAUGAGCAGGGACUUUGGGGUCCAGCCGAGAAUUGAGCAUUAUGGUUGCAUGGUGGACUUGUUCAGUCGAGCAGGGAUGGUGGAAGAAGCAAUGGAGUUUGUGGGAGCAAUGCCCAUCAAGCCAAACCCUGUUAUUUGGAGGACUCUCAUUGCAGCUUGCAGAGUUCAUGGAAAACUCGAGCUAGGGGAGAGGAUCACAAAGCAAUUGAUCAACCAGGAGCCAUUAUAUGGCUCCAACUAUGUCCUGCUAUCAAAUUUCUAUGCUUUAAACAAGAGGUGGGAGAAGAAGUGGGACAUCAGAAAGUCCAUGGACCAGCAAGGAAUGCGCAAGGCUCCAGGAUUCAGUUCAUUUGAGCUGAAUGGGGAGAUUUAUGAGUUUGUUGCAGGAGGGGAGAAGCUUUCACACUACCAGGAGAUCUAUGAGAUGGUAGAAGAGAUUUCUAAGAAGCUGAUGGGGGCGGGGUUCAUGGCCGCCACAUCGGAGAUGUUGCUGGACAUCCAUGAAGAAGAUAAGGAGGAUGCGUUGCACUGGCAUAGUGAGAAACUGGCCAUAGCUUUUGCUUUGCUCAGAACUCCUCCUGGAACAAGAAUCAGGAUUGUGAAGAACUUGAGGGUCUGUGGAGAUUGCCAUUCUGCAACCAAGUUCAUAUCUAAGGUUUACCACAGAGAGAUUGUUGUGAGAGAUCGGAGUCGUUUUCAUUGUUUCAAGGAUGGUUUCUGUUCCUGCAAAGACUUUUGGUGAGGAGGUGCUUAAUAUGAUACUACUAACUCAGGUUUGUGAUUCGAACACACUAGUUUUGAUGAUUGUAUCAGAUUGAAAUGAGUGGUCAGAUAGGCAUGAAUGUAUCUACACAUUUUUAAUUGUGUUUGAAUUCAUGUCUCAUUCAUGUUUGAUUAAAAUUUUGAAUUUCUAGAAUAUCUAAA